CAAGGAUGUUUGCACUGUAGUAUCUUAGCUGGUGUGGUUUUGUUUCCAUCCACUUCUCAAUCGCAGCUUUUCCUCUUCUGGGGGCUCAUGGCGGCGCCAGUCGGGCCCAGCUACAGUCUUGCAUCGAUAGACUUGUCUCGCGCUUGGGUUGAUUUGGUCAAGAAGGACCACGUCGUGGCAACCACUCGGCUGAAGCCCGAUGCGGACAUCACCGUCCGCUAUGGAGUCCGCCUUUCUCAUCAGGGCGGCUCGAUAGUGUUUGAAGACUUCGUGGAGGAAGUUGAUCAGAGCGGUUCCACGGAAGUCGCAGAGUCAGAGCUGGUAAAGAAUAUCAAGGAGACCCUAUCACGCUGUCGAGAUGCUGAAGGUUCAUCUCUAAAGUUCAGAGUGAAAGGUCCUUUUGCUUGUCAAUUGCAGCUCGUCCGUACCAUGCGGCCUGCCCCUGCUUUUGGUCCCUCGGAGAGAUGUUCUUCCCGUCCCCCUCCCUAUGAUUCCAGCACAGACUCCUUUGUCACUGGACCUCUCCGUUUGGAAUUGCGACCCUUGCUGGGACGAGUGAAGCUUGCGGGGAUGACCAAUGAUUGGGAUAUUUAUCACAACAUGAGUCCUGCAGAUGUUCGAGGGCAUUUCCUGCUCCUUCCAUCCUUGUCUGAGAGGAGCAACUGGAGAAGUCAGGCCUUUGAGCGCUCAGAUUGCAGUGACAUGGUGCUGCUGUGCUCCAGCGACGUGAUGUUACUGGGCCACGUGCUCCAUGCAGUCCUGGAGGUUCUGGCUGAGGCGCCCUACAACAUCGGCUUUCUCAACCAGCCUGCACCCAUGGCUCCGGCUUCUCCGGAGGUCUUCGUGUUUGCACGGGCACAAGAGCGUGCGACGACUGUGCCAUCUUUGAAGAUGGGAGUCAGUGAGAUGAUGGGCGUCUUCCAUGCACAGAGCCAUGAAGAAUUGGAUCGCUUCACUGCACCUGGCGGCGAGAACCCGAUGGCCGUAGCUUUGCGUGAAGUCUCCAUCGAGCAUCCUGAGACACUUUGGAGGUCCAUCAAGGACAAGCUGACGCUGGAGCUGACGCCUGAGUUCACUCUUCGGAGCUGAGAGAUUCACUCUUCCGAGCUGAGGGAGCGUUCGUUCGUGGCUGGACCAACUGGCUGGACCAACUGAAUUCAUGCCACACCUAAUCCUCGAUCAAUGAGAUGAGAUGUGGACGAGGCGGCUGGACCUUGCGUCGGCUGUUUGCUGCGCGGCCGAAGAUGCUGGGAAGGCUGUCAUUGGUGGUCCGCAUCGGCACAGCUAGCGUCUCAACGCUUUUGUUGUAAGCAACAUUGACAUCUCAUUUGCUAAACGGUGUUUGGGUUGAAGGCC